UCUUUGCUUUAUUUGGUUGGAUCGAUUAAUAUAUUGAACAAUAUCUAUAUACUGUGGUUUCUUAAAAGGAACAGCCAUUCGGUUUAUUCGAUACUACCAAAUCAAAACUAUUUUAUUUAUUUUGAUUUGGUUUUAUUUUAAAUGGUUCAAUUUUACUGGGUUGAACACUCCUAAAUUAUCGUUAUUUUGUUGAUGUUUAUGAGUUCUGAUUUUUAUAAUCCUUUUAGUGUCAUUUGAUUUCUUUUCAUUUCAAAUAUAAUAAGUAUUUUAUUUCAAAUCCAAGUUUUCUAAUUUAACUAUUACUAUAAAAAAAAGAUUUUGAUUCAAAAUCUAGAUCCCAUCAAUAAAAUAUGAAACCAAAGAAUAUAAUUUAAUACACCGAUUACCGAUAUUAAUGUUAAAGUUUUAUAAUUUAUAAUACUAAUUGAAAAUUUGUAUCUAAUUUGUUAUUAUUAUUUUAAAAAAAUAAACCUUAAAAUUAAAAUGAUUAGAUAUAUAGAUAUUAAGAUAUAUUAGUCCGCACAAUGUGCGGGACAUCAACUAGUAUAUAUAUGUUUCGUAAGAAUAUUUACUAUUUUUCCUCUAUGACCUUAACAGAAUAGCUGUUAAAGAAACAUAAUACAUUAAAAACAAUAAAACAUUUUCCCGCCACCAUAUAAAUAAACGAAUGAAGUGGUAAAGAUACUGUUAUGGGAACUAUAUUGUCAAAAAACGAACUUUAGAGUUUUGGAUUAAAGAAUCAAAACCCAUUCUUUGGUUUGAUUUCCAGAGAGAAGAACAAACAAGAGGCGCUUAGAAAAGAGAUAACACAAGCGCAAUGAGCGACAGAGAGAACCUAGAGAAGGGAGACGAAGAGGCUAAAGAAACCGAUACGAGAAGAGAGUCGACAUCCAUUGAAGAAACAGAGGGACGUGAUCCGGAUUCAGGUCCGAGCGAAUCUAAUGUUAGAACUGAUCUGAGACACGAAAUAUAUCCAAGAUCCGGGGCAGAGAAGAGGGAGAAUGAACCAGAGAGACAUGGAUUGGGUGAGUAUCCAGUUCGCAUCGGUGUAGAAGAUUGUUAUUAUUACCUGAAAAACGGUUUUUGUGGCUAUGGACUAAGUUGCAGAUUCAACCAUCCACCUAUGAGACAUGGCAUGGUGCAACCGAGUCCCUAUCCAGGUGCAGGAGAUUGUAGACAAUAUCUACAAAGUGGACAGUGUAGCUACGGACCUAAGUGCCGAUUCAACCAUCCUCCUUCACCGAGAGAUCUAGGCGCAAUAGAUUGUAGACAAUAUCUACAAACUGGGCAGUGUAGCUAUGGGCCUAAGUGCCGAUACAACCAUCCUCCUUCACCGGUGCUUUCACAGUGGGUUAGCCGUCAGAUUUGUAAGUUUUUUCAGAAAGGAAACUGUAAGUACGGCUCAGGUUGUAAAUUUACUCAUUCAAUGAGUGGGGAUGGUGCAGAAGCAGAACCUAUGCGUCAGGAUACAACUUGGGGUAAGAAAAGACACGCAGCCAAGUCAAGCUCUAGGCCAUGGAAGAGGGAGAGGCAAGCUCAUGAUCUGGAGGAACAUAAACAGAAGAAGAGGAAGGUGGAAAAUUUGAGAAUUGAUCCCAAUGCUCAAUCCGGUGAAGGAGGGAGUCAAACGGAACAGAGAUUGGAGGUUCCAGAGAACUUCAACGUUAACGCUCAAGAACAGGCAGAUAUGGAGAGGCAGAACAGAGAGGCUCAAGAGAAGGCGCAGGAGGAACGUAGACUACAGAUAGAUAAUGAGAGGAGGCAGGCUCGUUUGCGUCUUGAGCGGAUGCAACCCAGAGUUCUAACCAAUAACGUGGAUCAGCUCAGAGAGGCAUUACCAGAUAUCGGGAUUGAAAGAAAAGAGGGCGAUGGGUUUUAGGAGAACAGAGUUAUGAGACACCCAAAAAACUAUUAGAUUGUUUGGGACGCAAGAAAACUUUAUGUGUUGAGAUGAUUUAGGUCAACCUUUUCGUAGCUUCAAUCUUGUAACUGUUUAGUGUUGUUGUGUUAGGUCGCUUGAUCAUUCACUUUUAAAAGAUUACGUUUGAGCAAAAUAAUAGCUAACUACAGUUUCGAAAGGUAAUCUAGUCAAAUUUCAACCACAUUAGUAUGAAAAUAAAUAGUAGCCAAGUACAAUUCUUGUAUGCUCUAGGUCUUGUAUUUUUUUUUACUAAGAAAAAUAAG